AUGGCUGCUACAGGCUGCAGUUCACACACCGCAUCCCCCGGAGCCUGCAGCAGCACGGCAGAACCAGAGACCAAACUGGGCUCCUACCGUAGCAAGGACGAUCCCCUCGGCAGCGGCGGCGCUCCCCUCCGCAGCGCUGAGUACCCCGACCUGCGGAAGCACAACAACUGCAUGGCCAGCAACCUGACACCCGCCAUCUACGCCCGGCUCUGUGACAAGGCCACCCCCAAUGGCUGGACGCUGGACCAGUGCAUCCAGACCGGCGUGGACAACCCAGGGCACCCCUUCAUCAAGACUGUGGGCAUAGUAGCAGGUGACGAGGAAACCUAUGAGGUGUUCUCCGAUCUGUUCGACCCGGUGAUCCAGGAGCGGCACAAUGGCUACGACCCACGCACCAUGAAGCACACCACAGACCUGGACUCCAGCAAGCUCACCCGCCGUCUCCCCCAGGACCACUUCCUCUUCGAUAAGCCUGUGUCCCCGCUGCUGACGGCGGCAGGAAUGGCCCGUGACUGGCCCGACGCCCGCGGCAUCUGGCACAACAACGAGAAGACCUUCCUGGUGUGGAUCAACGAGGAGGACCACACGCGCAUCAUCUCCAUGGAGAAGGGGGGCAACAUGAAGCGCGUGUUCGAGCGGUUCUGCCGCGGCCUGAAGGAGGUGGAGCGGUUGAUCCAGGAGCGCGGCUGGGAGUUCAUGUGGAACGAGCGGCUGGGCUACAUCCUGACCUGCCCCUCCAACCUGGGCACAGGGCUGCGGGCCGGCGUCCACAUCAAGCUGCCGCUGCUGAGCAAGGACAGCCGCUUCCCCAAGAUCCUGGAGAACCUCCGACUGCAGAAGCGUGGCACUGGUGGGAGGGACACGGCAGCCACCGGCAGUGUCUUCGACAUCUCCAACCUGGACCGGCUGGGCAAGUCCGAGGUGGAGCUGGUGCAGCUGGUGAUAGAUGGCGUGAACUACCUGAUCGACUGCGAGCGGCGGCUGGAGAAGGGACAGGACAUCCGCGUCCCCUCCCCGGUGCCGCAGUUUCGGCACUGAGCC